AUGUUCGAUAACUCUAGGAACAAACCAAACUAUCCUACUUCGACAUCUCUUUAUGAUAAAAAUGUUGUUAUAGAAGGGUGGGGUACUUCACCGCCUCAUAAAGUUGUCGGCACGGUAAUUCUCACUCCAAAUGCGGUGCGUGAAGCUAAGGAAAAAGUUAUCUCCACCAUCAAAGAAUGUGAUAUAGUAUAUAGUAGUAGCGAUAAUGGGAAAGAUGAGCUUUACAUGCAUGGAAUAGAUGAACAGCCUGAAGAAUCUGACAGUACCUCCAGUUCCAAACGUGACGAAAUCAACGAAAUGAAUAGCAAUUCUGAAGAGAUGAUUUCGAAUCGUAAAACGCAUGCGGGAAACAGCAUAACUAACCAUAACUCUUCAGCAUGUUAUUUUUUCAACAGUUAUACGAAUUCAACAAUUACAAUUACAUUAGAAUCCACAAUCUCUACAUCCAGUACUGUGAAUGAUACUUUAAAGAAAAUUUCGAACAAAUUAGACCACGAAAAAUUUGCGUCAGAUUUGCGAAUUAUCGAUAUAAUGGGAAUUUUCAACAUUUUAGCUACGUUCAUAGAGCCUACUUUAUCUUCCGAUGUGACUAGCACAACCCACUAUUCUUCACUAUCAGAUAAUUCUACAUUCAGAAAUGCAAAUGAUGAAUUUUCCAAUGUGGAUACGCAAUCUGAUACACAUGUUACGGGGAAGACAUUGGAUAGAAGUUUUUCACAAUUACAUCGGAGUGAGGGCCAAUUGGAAAUAAGCCGUAUGAAAGGAAGGGGAGAGCAUACAGACGACGAACAUUCUGGCGAGAAUAUAAACAUUAAUAAUUAUGGAGUUGUCAAGGGUGAGCGAGAUUAUAAGAAUUUUGAAAAAAACUCAAAAUUAAAUCCACAAAUGAUACCCAGGUCUGACAUCGCCAAAAGCGGUAUCAAUGAGGAAAACAAAAUGAUAAGUAAUUGUGGCAUUGAUCAUAUUGGUACUUCGAAGAAAGAUUCGGGACAGCUGAAGUCGUCAAAUUGCGAAACAGUGGAUGAAACGAAGAUUUGGGAGCCACGAGAUGUAGCGUAUGAAAAAUACGACGACAAAGAUGAAAAACAUGGCAAAUCUGUUGUUCUGGUACAUUUUGAGAGAACUCUUUGGGAGAAGUUGGUUGCAGGUUUAAAAUGUUCCCAAAGGGAUUGCAGAGAGGCACUAAGACCUACGGAAAAUAUUCGCAAAUACUUGAUUGAGCCAUCAAUAAGUCGAGCUAGGAAACACAGCAGUGGAUAAUCAUAGCCUUUAUCUACUUGGUAUCCU